AGGUGUUCGAACCUUAGUAUAAAUAGAUAUUAUGGAGUAAUAACUAUUUUUCUUUAAAUAUAAAUCAUUAAGGCCCUUUUUAAUUGAAGGAAUUUUGAUGGAAAAGAAAAGAAAGGAAAGGAUUUUAAUCAUAUUCCCAUAUUUGGUUGAGUUAAUAACAUGAGAAUCAAAGGAAAGGAAGGGAAGUGGAAGGAAAGUCCCAUUACAAAUUUGUAGCUUUCCUUUCCUCUCAAAUUUGGAGGAAUUCGACUGAAAAGAGAAAAAAAAAUGAAGUUUUCCUUUAUAAAUUUUCUUUCUCUUCCCUUCAUUUCCUUUCAUUAACCAAAGAUUGAAAUAUAAAACACGUUUCUUUCCCUUCUUUUCCUUUCUUUUCCCUUCCCUUCUCUUCUUUUCCUUUACUUAAAGAGAUUUAAAGUGAAGUGUGUUAAUAUAUAAUCAAUCAAAUAAACACAAAUCGAGUUAGCGUUUCAUAUUUGUUAUUAAUUUAGGUCAUUUCAAACAUUGAUCAUCAGAUUCAUCAUAUAUGUCUAAAUUCAUCUUGAGCUCUAGAUAAUAGAAGCUAUUUCGGAACUUCACAUCACUAAUUUCGGAUAUCAAUAAAUAAAGUCUUGUUUUACCACUAGAGAACAAUGGGUUUGUUCAAAAAAAAAAAAAAAUUCUAGAACAAGGGGUCAACAAGACAAUAACAAACCACAAAAAAUAAAAGAAGAAAGAAAAAUAUGAUAUAGGAAGUCAUUGUCUAGGAGGACCCAUAAAUCAUUUAGCCUUAGAAAAAAACAUUGCACAAUAUUUUCUGAUUCAUAAUUUCAUAGUACAUAAAUUAAUAAAUUAAUACAACCUUAAAAAUACUAGUCCUAAUCAUUUCUCAAUGUAAGAAAAUUCAAUUAUCCCAUGAAUUAUUUUUUAUUUUUUUAGAAAAAAAAAAUACACGCGGAAACGAAAGUUUGAACGAGUCCAAGCCCUUUUUUAUUCAACACUUAAAUUAAAAUCAAAACUAUUUUUUUCAAUAAUUGACCAAUCAAAACAAAGUUUGAAAAAGUCAGCACUAUAUACAACACUUAUAGACCCCUCCAAUUUUUAACUCAUUUUUCAUCCCUUGUUCUUUACUCUCAAUUUCUAUUGACCAUAGACUAUUCAGCAGAAAAUUUAUACUUUCAUCUGUCAACAACUUGCUUUUCAGUCAAAUUCUCUCUCUUUCCUACCACUUUAUAAUCUUUCCUAUAUAAACCAACUUCAAUUUACACCCUUUUGAGCAUAAACUCAGCACUUCUCUUUCUUUAUCCUGCUUCAGAGUCCCAGACGCAUUUUUGAAACAGUUAAACUUCCACUCUGCCUUUUUAACAGAAAAAUACGGCAAUUUAAACUUUCCCGGUUCUUUUUUUUUUUUUUUUUUUUUUUUUGUUAUUUGAUCAUUCUCUUCUUGUAAGUGUAUGUUUUAAUACGUAUUCGUGUUACGCCCUGUAACACAGCUGAAACAUGCAAUUUACAUCAAGAGGGUAAUAAGAGUAGCUGGUGAUCUGGUAUACGACUGUACAACAGGCAGUUCAGAUUACCAGAGCAGCAUUUCUUUCUCUCUGAAGAAUUACAAGAAAGGGAAAUGGAAAACGGUUGUGGCAAUUACGAGCAAGAAUCGUUGGUCAUGGAGCUAAACCAGGGGGUAGCACUAGCUAAACAGCUGAAGGCUCAAAUGAGUUCAGAAAUACUUACAGGUGAAACUAAAGGAAUGUUGGCAGAACGGAUACAUUCUUGCCUCGAGAAGGCUCUUUUGAUUCUGAGAUUGGGUGGGUCAAUGGAACAGUUUCACCAGCAUUUAGUCCCAUCAACCACAGCGCCUGAAUCACCACUUUCGGUCAUUGGAAGUCCUAAGAGUGAAGAUUUGAACCCUGGGAUUCAUGUUCAACAAGAUGGCAGAGAGCCUUCAAGAAAAAGAAAGAUGAUGCCAACUUGGACAGACCAAGUCAGGGCAUGCUCUGAGAAUGCAGCCGAAGGGCCACCCGAGGACGGGUAUAGCUGGAGGAAGUAUGGUCAGAAAGAUAUCCUCGGAGCCAAACAUCCUAGAAGCUACUACAGAUGCACGUACCGGAACAUUCAAGGCUGUUACGCUACCAAGCAGGUGCAACGAGAUGAUGAAGAUCCCAUGCAAUUCAAAGUCACCUAUAAAGGAACUCAUACUUGUACACUAGCACCACGUUCAAAGUCUGCACCAACAUCACCACAAAAACAAGAGCGCAACAAACAAAACAAUUUUUCCAUCACGCACUACCAGCAGCCGCCAGAUAUGCUGCUAAAUUUUCAGACAGGGCUAAGAGUUGACAUUCAGAACUUAGAAAAUCAAGAGACAGGAUUUUUCUUUCCUACAAGAGACUUUGGAUAUGAAAACCAUGCCUUUACACCGUCAACAGUCAAUAACAGUCACCCUAGUAACAGUUUUCCUCAGUCGUUCAUACAAUCGCCAGCCACCUCAGAAUCAACCUACUUCUCCACAUCACCUUGCAAGGUGAGCACCUUUGGAGGACUUAACUAUGGACAACAUUUUGAAUCAGAUAUCACAGAGAUAAUUUCAGCCACUACCUCAGGAACCAACUCCCCGAUAAUAGGCAUUGAUUAUUCAAUGGAUCCAUGGGAAGGUUUUCUGUCUGAUAACCAAGCAUUUCCUAAUAGCUUCUCUCAAGCUAAAGAAUAAUGCCAUCAACAGCAAGAAAACAACCCAACAUGUAAUCCCAUGGUUGGCUAUUUUUGGGAAAGUUCAAUUUGAGCAUUUCAUUUAAUUAGACAAGACAGGCAGAAAUGAUAAACAAUAGAUCAUAAUUUACGUGUAAAUUAUCUGAGAACUAGCAUCUAGGAAACAAACAGGGAUAGUACCUGAUAUAACAAAAUAGGGGGAAGCUUGGGCUAGGUUUAUAAGGAGUCAGUGGUACAAGCAAAGAGCUUCAUGCUAGUUGACGAAAAUUUAAUUAUUUAGUUUUUUUUUUUUUUCCCUUCCCUUGUAACCUACUCCGUAAAUUCUUUAGUUAACUACAACAGUCCUUCAGUCAACUUUUAUGAAAACAAAGUGAAUAUUGCAGUACAGAAAAGUAUCUCACCUUCAAUUCACUUCCUUUUUUAGCAAGACAGAUGAUGUCUAGUUCAAGCCCAAAAUCCUUGCUCUAUCCAAAGGCUUACUCCUCCUGUAUGAAACAAAAAUUUUGCAAUGUCUCGGAAAGAUUUCACGUAAUCUAGAUUAAAAGUAGUUUAUGAUUCAAUUCUCUGGCUUACCCCAGCUUACAUUUUAUGGUGGAAACUUUCCAGAGAGAAUGGGAAGUAUACAACUAUGACAAAUGUUGGACAAUGUUACAACUAGAUCUGGACGAAGAGAGUAGUUGUUUAAGGUUUGAGUAUUUGUUAACUAUAAUAUUGGUAUCUAUUUAAGACAAACAAAAUUGCACGGGUACUCUAGAAUGACAAGUAAUAUAAAACUUAAGUGACUAGAAUUAUGUAUGAAAAAGAUAAAGUUGGUUAAUUUAACAAAUUAGUACUGAGCCAUAGCUUAUAAGUCUAGGACUAUUUUCUCUUCACCUUAGUUUGGAAAUUAUUACCAUUUCUUAUUUUUAACAUCUCCAACCAUGUCAGACCAAAAAAAUCACAAUAGACCAAACCAGAUCUUAUUUGCGUCUGUCUAUU